GAUGCUGCUCAGCCUCGCUUUGGACAGGAGUCAGAUGGGCUGGGUCUGCAAUAUCUCAGAGCUACUUCAUAGUAUUUGCGAUAGCAGCUUUUAAAUGGAAGCCCUUCGGUGUUGAAUGGGGAGCAGGGUAUUAUUUAUGUAACAUGUGAGCUAAUUAUUUUUACACCACGAGAACAGGGAGCCGCAGGUCAGUUGACGCAUUGGUUAGUGGGGGCGCACACGCACAUCCACACACACUCUCAAACAGAGGCUGCGAAUGACCAGAGCCUGGCAGGACGUAGCGUAGCCGGGCCAUUAAUACGUAACGUUAUAGUGAGAGGUUUAACUGAGCUUUUUAAAACCUGGUCGGCUCACCAGCUGACGGCAAACCAGGCAUGGACGACAAGUCUUUCACCAAGGAACUGGACGGAUGGAUCGAACAACUGAAUGAAUGCAAACAGCUAACUGAGAACCAGGUCAAAGUCCUCUGCGAAAAGGCCAAGGAAAUCUUGACAAAGGAGUCCAAUGUGCAGGAAGUGAGAUGUCCAGUGACAGUUUGUGGAGAUGUCCAUGGCCAGUUCCAUGACCUAAUGGAACUGUUUAAGAUCGGAGGGAAAUCCCCAGAUACUAACUACCUCUUCAUGGGAGACUAUGUGGAUCGGGGUUAUUAUUCAGUGGAAACAGUAACUCUCCUGGUUUCUCUUAAGGUAAGAUUCCGUGAACGAAUCACAAUUCUCAGAGGGAACCAUGAGAGCAGACAGAUCACACAAGUGUACGGCUUCUACGAUGAGUGUCUGAGGAAAUAUGGAAAUGCCAAUGUUUGGAAGUAUUUUACAGAUCUGUUUGACUAUUUGCCCCUCACUGCACUGGUAGAUAACCAGAUUUUCUGCCUCCAUGGUGGAUUGUCCCCUUCAAUAGACACACUGGAACACAUCAGAGCGCUGGAUCGCCUGCAGGAGGUUCCUCAUGAGGGUCCGAUGUGUGACCUGUUAUGGUCCGAUCCAGACGACCGCGGUGGAUGGGGCAUCUCCCCCCGUGGUGCAGGCUACACCUUCGGGCAAGACAUUUCCGAGACUUUUAAUCAUGCAAACGGUUUAACCUUGGUCUCCAGAGCCCACCAGCUGGUAAUGGAGGGUUAUAAUUGGUGCCAUGACCGUAAUGUAGUGACGAUCUUCAGCGCACCAAACUAUUGUUAUCGCUGUGGAAACCAGGCAGCAAUCAUGGAACUUGAUGACACACUGAAAUACUCCUUCCUACAGUUCGACCCUGCACCACGUAGAGGAGAACCUCAUGUGACGCGGCGCACUCCUGACUAUUUCCUGUAAUUAUUACAACACUUUGUCAGAAUUUGGUGAGGAUGGCAACAACAUACACAGAGCCUUGAGAAAAGAAGCAUUCAUAGCCCCAUGGACCAAAAAAAAUGUGUGCCAUAAUCACAAUGAAAUGGAAACUAUCACAUUUAGCUAAAGAACACCAUCCUUUUGACUUUUUCCUCUCUGUGCAUGAUGUUUUUAUUGCAAGAAAUGAUUGCUAUUAUGAACUAUACUGUCACAAUACCUGCUGGUUUGUCAGGAAAACUGAAUGAUCUAAUGUAAGUAAUCUUUGUGUUAGGUUGUUAUUGAUGAGCAGAGUAUGUUGCCAUAAUACAGUAUAUACACUGUAAGCUGCAUCUUUCACUUGGCAUGGCCUCAAAUCAAAGGUUGCAGUUAAUAUAAUGUGAACUCUUUUUCUUUUUGUAACCGAAAUGCAACAAGUUUUGUGAAGUGAGACAAUAGGGUUAGAUGUCAGAGAUGACAUUGUUCACUUUUGUAUUUGAUUUUUAUCACACACUGACAGACUAUGUUCUUUUUUAUACCCUAUUAUAGUGAAAGUAUCUCUCGUUUUGCUCUGCUGUAUCAACUGGAAUUUAUUUAAGUAAGCAAUAUUGGUACCAAUUACAUCGGUUGUUAAAAUAACUGUUUUGCAGCUGCCAAAGACUGAGGCUGCUUCGUCAUGUAUUUCCUUUAGUCGCCAGUAGAUGGAAACAGACAGCUAAAAACAAACUGAUGAUCUUCAAAAAGAUAUCCAGCAUAUGGUGAUAAUUGGGCGCUGCAAAUGCUGACAGUGAAUUAACAAUUAAAUAUAUAUGUAUGUGUGUGUGUGUGUCUUUACUUUAUUAUUUGUAUUACACUUUUUAUUUUAUUUUAUUACAGCAUGUGAAUAUGACAUGGGUUGAUUGAUGUUAAUUUUUGAUGAGUUUAAGGAUGACAAAUUUUGCUUUUAUAAUUACUAUGUUUUAAUUUUGCCAACGCUUUUAUUAUACGAAUUUAUUUAUUUAUUCCGCUUUAUCAUGAACCGGUGUAAGCUUUGUGUGUUUUAAAUGGCAUUUUUGCAAGAUAAAAUGUGGCCUGAUGAUAUAAGACGAGCUGUGCGUAAAGUUGUGUGUGGAAAUCAUGCAAAGUUUCACCAGUUAUUAAAUGAUUUACAGCCUGUUAGUAAAAUCAGGCUGAACAUGUCAGAGCAUUAACGGAUGUAGUCACUGCUGAAAAUAAAAGUCACAUUUAAAGGAA